AUGGCUCCGCAACGCGUUUAUGCAUCUAUCCCAAAAGCUAUAGGCCGAGGGGCAGUGCUGAGAGGCCAAUUGGCAAGACUGCCUCGAAAUCAACUAUGCAGAAUGUCAUAUAGGCCAAACCCCCGGCCCAGUGAGCGAGACACUGUCUGGAGACCAUACCUCCGAAUCUGCGUGGGCAUUGUAUUCAUAGGAUCAAUGAUCUACUCAAUGAUAACCGACAAUGAAUCCAAACUCGAUAGCCCCUCAAUAGCGGAACUGGAUGAAGCAACCAAACGUGAAACCUCCAUCACCGACUCCUCUCCAAUGCGACUCCGAAUGGAGAAGCUGAUAAAGGAACACCAACAGAAGAUCGUGGAUGAAUUAUCCAGAAUUGACGGCAAGCCUUUCAGGGCAGACGCUUGGACCCGCCCCAAUGGCGGCGGCGGCGUCUCCUGCGUGCUGCAGGACGGCAACAUUUUUGAGAAAGCCGGCGUCAACGUCUCAAUCGUGUACGGAAAACUACCCCGCCCCGCCAUCGAGAAGAUGCGCGCAGACCACAAAUCCUUCGUCGGGUCUGACGUCGACUCCCUCGACUUCUUCGCUGCCGGCCUCUCCCUGGUCCUCCACCCCAAAAACCCCAUGGCCCCAACCGUCCACCUCAACUACCGCUACUUCGAAACCUCGGACCCUAACAAUCCUCUUAGUGGCGACAAGAACUGGUGGUUUGGCGGUGGCACGGAUCUAACACCAUCCUACCUCUUCCCGGAAGAUUGUGAACACUUCCAUAAAACCAUCAAAGAAGCCUGCGACAAGCAUGACGGCACAUACUAUCCCAAAUUCAAAAAAUGGUGCGACGAGUAUUUCUACAUCCCCCACCGCGGCGAAGCGCGAGGCAUCGGCGGCAUCUUCUUCGACGACCUCGAUGCCGAAUUCUUCACACAAUCCCACUCUCACCCCCACGCCUCCUCCACAUCUCAAAAUCCGCAAGAGGCACUCUUCUCCUUUGUCACGGAUGCCCUGUCUUCCUUCCUCCCCAGUUACAUCCCCAUCAUAGAAAGGAGAAAGGACAUGCCAUUCACGCCCGCUGAGAAGGAGUGGCAGCAGAUCCGUCGCGGACGAUAUGUGGAGUUCAACCUUAUCUAUGAUCGUGGGACGAGUUUCGGCCUUCGCACGCCUGGCGCACGUGUGGAGAGUAUAUUAAUGAGUUUGCCACGGACGGCAGAGUGGAAAUAUAUGGACCCGGUGUCCGGGACGAGGGUCGCUGAUGGCACUUCAAGAGCUCCGGAGGAGGAGGAGGAGGAAGCUGGUGGUGAGGACAAAGUGCGGGAGAGAGAACUGUGUCAUGUCUUGAAGAAUCCGAGACAAUGGGUUUGA